CUAAAAUCGUUGCGGUUCUUGAAUGCCCACCAUUAAGUACUUUCCGUCGAAAAGUCUAGAGAGUCUUUGGAAUUGUUAUCCAAAAUGGACGUCAACGAUGAUUUGUUAUGACUCACCGUUUGUAUGGGUAUGUCCACUUAUCAUCCCUGAAGAAGUAAACAUUUUAUUAUCCGUAUUUUGUAUUAUGUUAUUGUGUUUGUGUUAUGAAUGUUAUAGCUAUGGUAUUUGAUGAUAUCAUCAUACCAAAACUAAUUUCCUACUUCGAUUUCCUACACGGUGUUGUGUUUGUGACUAAGUGAAUUUGUCAUUAGUGAAUUGUGAUAUUACUAUUAAUCAUAACUCCGGUGUUGACUUUCUUUAUGUGUGUAAAUUUUACUUACAAAUAUUAUUGAACAUAAUUAAAUAUUUAUACUGUGAUCAAAAAGUAAAUAAUACAAAAUGACUGAUCAGUUUGGUCCUAUUACCCUAAAAUGGGACCCUAAAAAUCUAGAGAUACGUACUAUGUCUGUAGAAAAGACUUUAGAACCUUUAGUUUUGCAAGUAAGAUUUUUAAUUUAUUUAGUUUUUUAAAGAUUAUUUUGUUAAAAUUUUAAAAUCAUUCCAGGUAACUACUUUGGUGAACACAAAAGGCACAUCGCGUAAGAAAAAAGGGCGUUCUAAAAGAGCUCAUGUCCUUGUUGCUGCUGUAGAAAAAGCUACAGAGAAUUUUAUCGAAGUUGGUGAGCAAAUUGCUUAUGAAAAUCCUGAUAUAAAACAAGAAAUGUUAGCUGCGGUUGAAGAAGUUCGAAAAACUGGUGAGUUAAUUAAUAAAAUAUAUUAUUAAUACUUGUGUAUUAAAGUCGAAUAUCAUGCUUUUCUAAUACAGAUAUUUAACUUACAUGGCUAUUUUUGUGUGUGUAUAGUGGUAGGGUGGGUAGAAAUUGCUCUGGGUCCCUUAAAAAUUGCAUAUUUAUGGGAAAUUCUAAUAAAAAGUAAUUAAAUGUCAUAAUAUAGUUUUAUAUUAUAAAUAUAUUGUUUAUUUAUGCCCAAUAUAAUUUAAUGUAACAAAUUUUAGUGACCUAGGUACUUACAUUUUUUAGGUGACGCUAUGAGUAUUGCUGCAAGGGAGUUCGCUGAAGACCCAUGUGCUUCAGCUAAACGUAGUAAUAUGGUGAGAGCUGCAAGAAAUUUACUAUCAGCUGUAACACGUCUACUUAUACUUGCUGAUAUGGUUGAUGUACAUUUAUUAUUAAAAUCUUUACGAGUUGUAAGUAUUAUUUAUUCUAAUUCAUUUUAUUGUUUGUUUGUAUAAUUAUUCUAUAAAUUGCUUGAGGUAAAUAUGUUUAAAAUCUAAUAUUGAAAUUUUAGGUCGAAGAUGAUUUAGAAAAAGUUAAAAAUGCUUCAAGUCAAGCUGAACUCCUUGAUAAUAUUAAAGUUUUUGGUCGAAGUGCUAGUGAACUUAUGAGCCAAGCCGCCAAACGUCAACAAGAACUAAAGGAUCCUCAAUUACGUGAUGAUCUUGCUGCUGCUCGUGCUAUUUUAAAAAAACAUUCUACAAUGUUAUUAACUGCUUCUAAAGUAAAAAUAAUAAAUAAUAAUUAACCAACAUUAUGCAUAGAACAGUAUAAGAAUAUUCUAUAGGUUUAUGUGAGACAUCCUGAACUUGCUGCUGCUAAAGCAAAUCGUGAUUUUGUUUUGAAACAAGUUUGUGAAGCUGUAAAUACUAUUAGUGAUGUGGCUCAAGGUCGUUCUGCAGCAAUGAAUGAUAAUGGUAAUCAAAUUUAUGAUGGCCCUGGUGAAUUGGCUGCUGCACUGGAUGACUUUGACGUAAAUAAAAAUUAUUAAUUUAUAAAAAAUUCAUUUCUAGAAUUCAAUAUUAAUAUUUAACUGAAAUUAAAAUUAAAAUAAUCUGCCAAAACUUAAAAAUUUUAAAAUAUUGUUUUUCUUGUUAAUAUCAAUUCAAUACUCUUGAAAUGAUUGAUUGUCAUUUCCAUCAACCUUUUAGCUCACAAAACUAUUUUCUUUGAUUUUUAACAUAAGAAAAAUAUAGUUACAUCAUACUUUUUCAAAUACUAUACACUAUUUGAAAGCAUUCACUUAGUUAUUAAAAUUAUUUUUGAUCUGCCUUUAAAAUGGUAUUUUGCUAAUUGCAGAAACCUUUUUAGAAAUUCUUUUUUCUUUGACAUAAUACAUGUAAAAUUUAAUGAAUAAAUUUAUUUUGAUAUUUAGUUAAGUUAAGGUAUAUUAUUGAUGUAUCUGAUACAAAAUGUAUUGAAUAUUUUUUAUCCAUUUAACAAUGUAUAGCAAAAUAAAUGUAUGACAUUGUUUGACUUUUCAGUGAAAAGUAUAUCUAUACAUAUGUAAACUUUGCAUACAUAUACAGGGUGCUCUACAGUGUUAUGCAUCAAUUGUCAAUAUUUGUUUUUUGUUUCAAUCAGAUUUUGUAAGAGGACAUAUGUAUAGAAAAAUAAAAUUUUGAUUUUCAUCCCUUAAUCACUAAAUAUUACAUUCAUAUCCGAUUAAUAGUUUUUUAUAGAAAUUAGGCGUGAAAACAAUUAAUAUUCAAUAAAAGAUAAAGAAUUACUUUACUGAUCGAUAUUCCUUAUCGUGUAACUUGUUAUUCUGUUGAAAAUUGGCUGUUUUCAUGUCUAAUUUCUGUACAGCUUUAACUAAGAAACUAUUAAUAGGAUAUGAAUCUAUGAUACAAUCAAAUUUUUAGAAUAAUAUAUUUUGAAAAUGUUAAAGAGUGAAAAAAUUAAAAUUAAAUUUUUUAAGAGCACAUACAAUACAUUAGUUUUACUUUGUUUUAGGAAAGAAUGGUUAUGGAUCCCCAUGUUUAUAAUGAAGUUCGCACUCGACCUUCUUUAGAAGAAAGACUUGAAAGUAUUAUUAGUGGAGCUGCAUUGAUGGCUGAUUCUUCAUGUACACGUGAUGAACGUAGAGAACGAAUCGUUGCCGAAUGUAAUGCUGUUCGUCAAGCUUUACAAGAUUUACUUUCUGAAUAUAUGUCCAAUGUAAGUAGUUAUUCUACAAGAAAAAAUUCUUAAGCUUGUAUUUUACUUAAAUUUAUGUUUAAUAUAAUUAAUUCAACAUUCCAUUAAGGAUUAUUAUUUUUAUGUUGGUGUUUGCAGCAACUGCAACUCCAAAGGGUCGGAAAAAGGGUAUGGUUCAUGUUAAAAAAUGCUCGUCCUUGCACUAAAAUCACUACAUUUUAGAAAUAGAUUACUUCAAUACAAAUCUAUAUUGUGUACCCAUUAAUCACUGUUGUGUGUAAUUUUACUUUUAAAGAAACCUUCACCACCUUAAGAGGAUAUUGAACAUAAGUUUGCCAUCUCUAUCUAUCUAUCUCUAUCUAUCUUACUGGAAAUCUAGUUCAAAAAAAGAGUUUGUGUACUUUCAAUAGUACACAAAAAUCGAGCAUCUUAAUCAUAUACUUUUUUUUUUGAUGCCAGAAUAAACAUGAGAAGUUGUAUUAAAUGUCUACGUUUUUUUGAAUUCAUCAAUCUGGCAAUAUUUUGUUUAAAAUAUUUGCAGUAAUAAAAUCAGAAAAAAAUUUUUUUUUAUUGUACAACUUUUAAUGGUUUUUUUUUUUUUUUUGGACAUCAAAAUCAAGUUUUUCAACCUAUUAGGCCUGAAAAAUAUUGGAAGUAUAGACACAUUUUUGUCAUAAUACCAGUUAAAUAGAUAGAGAUGAUAAAUCUACAUUCAACAUCCUUUUGAUUUAAAUCAAUCACAAAUCAAUAAUCUCCUUAGUAGUGUAUUUAAACAAUUUUGCUACCUAAAUAUUUUUUAAACAUUUAAAUUAACUUUAAUUAAUAAUAUAUUGAAAUUAAUUAUAGUUGUACUUAUAUAUUUUUAAUUAAAUAAGUAUAAUGUCUUCAAUAUUUUUGGUUAUGUAGCAAAGUUGAAAUUGUGUCAAUUGUAUUUAUUUUAUACGCACUGAAUUCUAAUUAAACAUCUUUGCAAUUUAUUUGGCAUGUUUUGAGUGAUAAUUAAAUAUUCUAUAAACCUGUGUGUAUUCAACAGUGUAUAUUAAAUUAUUGUUGAGGUCAAAAUAGGUUAGGUAGCUGAAAGGUGAUUGUGAGUUAAGUAGUAGAAUGGAUUAUAACUUUGUAUUAUAAUACUAUAUUUAUUAGCAAUGAUAAUAGAUACAAUCAAUAUACAUAGUGUGAUCAUGCUGAGGGGAUACCACCAAAUGUUUUAUUUGAUGGAUUUUGAUCAAUGUUAUAUUACGGGAUUACCCCGAGGGUAACAUUUUUGGGGGUUGCCAAAUUUUGAAAUGUAUUUCUAUGUUUUACAUAUAAAAUUAUAAAAAGAUAAAAUUACUGAAAAAUUAUCAACUUACAGUUUACCUAAAGCAUUAAUCAAAUCAAACUUUAACCUUAAUUUUCCAAAGGUUCAAAUAGCAUUAAAACAUAUUGUUUCUAUACAAAGUUUUAAGAAUAUUCUUAUAAAAUGAAGGCUAUUGUUAUUGGCUCUUAUGUCUACACAGAACUGUUUACUACAAAACAUGUUCUAAAAUAGUGUUAAUAACUUAUUUACAGCUUUAAAACCAAAACAAAAUUAUAAAAUAUGUAUAUUUUUUUCAAUAAUUUAAAAUUAAAGUUUGUGACAAACAUUAAAAAGAUUAUAUUAUUGUUAAUUAUGAAUAUUAUUUUAUUUAAUUUUUUUAGAAAUAGGUGGGGAAGUAUUUAAAGAUAACACAUUUGUUUAAAUGAUAAGUAGCAAUGCCUUUAUGUUGGCCCUAGAUUCAAAUGUGAGUAUUUGGUUUCGUUUCAAUAAAUUGCUUGAGAUACAGCUAUUUAAAGUUUGAACAAGUGUUUUGAAUUUUUCCAAAUUGUACCAAAUAUUUUUAAAUUUUUCGGAGAACAUUUUUUUUAUGAUCAUUGGUACAUAACAGUAACAGAUUAUUAGUGGAUGUUGGCCAACACCAUUUAAAAAUUAAUUUACAUAUUGUUUAUUUCAAAUUUCAAGCAGUCACUUUAAGUAUAUUGAUUCUUCUUCCAUUAUAAUCACUUGUAUUCAUAUUCAUAAUUUCAAUACCCUAUAUUUGUGCGUCUUUUAGGAUUGUUAAAUGCUUCAGAAAUGUGUGGGUGAGUAGGAUUGUGGUAAAAAGUUGAAAUUCCUAAAAGGCACAUCUUUGAUACUAAUUGAGUUUGUGUCUUAUAUAAGGCUUAUAUAGUCUCUAUUUUCUGGAAAAUUAAACCAAUUUUAUUUUUUAUAACCUACUUAUUUAGUAAGUAAUGUCCUUUAUUUAUUUAUUUUGUGUGUCUAUUAGUUCUUAUAAUUUUAAAACUUUAGCUACAUUUCUAACAAUUGAAAUAUCCUAAUUUAGGUAAGUAGUUUUGUACAAAUUGAAAUCAAUUACCACACCUAUGUUACCUUCAUGAUUCAAUUUCCUUUUAAUGCUUUAAUCAUUGAAUCUGUAAUUUGCUACAUUACAAAAUAUAAUCGAGGUUUAUAUUUAAUCUAAUAUGUUGUGUUGUUGUUCUAUUCGAAUUCACUAAUAAUGUUAAAUUCUUUUUUUCGAUUUUGCAUGAAUAAAAAUAAUACUGUAAGGCAUGUUAUUUUUUACAAUUUAGGAUUAAUUCUAUAAUUAACCAUUUGUACCUGUUGUGUUCAUGUAUUAUACAUUUGUAUAUUUAAUAGAUGAGUGUGAAAGAAACUAGUGAAGGAUUAGAACGUGCUAUUGAUCAUAUGUGCCGUAAAACCAGAGAUUUACGACGACAACUACGAAAAGCUGUUGUAGAUCAUGUCUCUGAUAGGUAAAAUAAAAUAAAUGUUUUACAGUUAAUUAGACUAAUUUGUUAUUAUAAUUUACAGUUUCCUAGAGACUAGUGUUCCAUUACUUGUAUUGAUUGAAGCAGCACAUUCAGGUGAUGAAAAAGAAGUGGAAGAAUGUGCUCUUGUAUUUACUGAACACGCUAAUAAACUUGUAGAGGUAACUUAAAUAUUUUUGGUUAAAUUGAACCAUAAUUCAUUUCUUUGAUAUACAUUUCAGGUUGCUAAUCUCGCCUGUAGUAUGUCUAAUAAUGAAGAUGGUGUAAAAAUGGUACGAACUGCUGCUGCACAAAUUGAAAAUUUAUGUCCCCAAGUUAUAAAUGCAGCUAGAGUUUUAGCUGUUCGGCCUCGUUCAAAAUUGGCACUUGAUAAUAUGGAUGUUUUUAGAGAUGCGUGGCAAGCUCAAGUCAGGUUAUUAACUGAAGCUGUAGAUGAUAUAACAACAAUAGAUGACUUUUUAGCUGUAUCUGGUAUUGAUAAUUUUUUAAAUAUUUAUUUAUUAUAAUUAUGUAUAAGAAUGUAACUAUUAUUAAAUAUUAGAGAGUCAUAUUUUGGAAGAUGUAAAUAAAUGUGUCCUCGCACUUCAAGAAGGAUCGGCUGAUCCAUUAGACAGAACUGCUGGAGCAAUAAGGGGUCGGUCAGCUAGAGUUUGUAAUGUAGUGGCUGCAGAAAUGGAUAACUAUGAACCGGGUAUUUACACAGAACGUGUUUUAGAAGCGAUUAAAGUAUUACGUGAUCAAGGUAAAGGCAACAUUUAUUUAAAAACAACCAAAUUUACUAUGAACACACCAAUAAUAAUAAUACAAUAAACAAAGCCCAUAUGACAAUUUAAUUUAGUUUUUGUUUUAAGUUAUGUCAUUUUUAUUAGAACAAAUAGUUUAGAAAGAUUGUAAUUUUUAACAGUAUUUGCUUUGUAUAUUGAUAUUUCUAUACAAUCUAAAAUCAAAAGGGUUUCGAAAAUUUGUUAGUUUUUAUAUUUAAUUAUAAAAAUAGUAUUUAUAUAUAUUAUUUUUGUUUGUUUUAGUUAUGCCCAAUUUUGCACAACGUGUCGAGUUAGCUGUAGAUGCUUUGUCAACAAAUCCUCCUAAAGAAGUAGAUGAAAAUGAUUUUAUUGAUGCUUCUAGACUUGUAUAUGAUGGUGUAAGAGAGAUACGUCGAGCUGUUCUUAUGAAUAGAGUAUGAUUUUUGUUAUAAUUUAUUCAUUUAUUAAACAUUUUUAUAAAUAAAUAAUUGAGUAAAUAUUGCAGACAGAUGAAGAAUUAGAUCCUGAAGAUAUAGAGUUUGAUGAACAUUAUACAGUUGAGACUCGUAGUAGAUGUGAGUUUAAGUAAAGUUUAAAUUUAAUUAAAUCAUAGUUAAUGUGAAUACUUGAUGUUGAUAUUUCAUUUACUAUUCUUAAAUAAAUAAAAUUAAAUACUAUAAAUUAUUUUAUAGCAAGCGCUCAUACUGGAGAACCUUUAGAUGAAUACCCAGAUAUUAGUGGAAUUACAACUGCGCGUGUACGUAUUUAGAAUUCAUUAUAUUUAAUAUUAUUUUAUUGUUUUAUAAAUAUUUUAUAGUUUUUAAUUUGUUUAAUUUUAAUAUUGAUCGUUUUUAGGAAGCCAUGAGAAAAAUGACCGAAGAAGAUAAACAGAAGAUCGCUCAACAAGUUGAAUUCUUUAGAAGUGAAAAGUUGAAGUUUGACCGUGAAGUCGCUAAAUGGGAUGAUACAGGAAAUGAUAUAAUUGUUCUUGCCAAACAUAUGUGUAUGAUUAUGAUGGAAAUGACUGAUUUCACACGGUAUACAAUUGUUAAUAUUUCUGUAUUUUUAAUCAGUUCAGUUUAGUUUAGUAGUUCACUUUGAAAAAAUAUUAAUUAAGCCAAUAUUAUUAUUAGUAUAACAAGCUAUUAUUUGUAGUUUUGGUAUUAUACUGCUUUUAGGGCAAUACAUUUCAAGUGACCCCAAUAACUUAAUACAGCCCGGGGUAUAUCCAAAAUUAUGGUAAGCGUAGGUUUUGAUUUCUAUAACAAAACUAUGACCCGAAAUAAAACACCUCUAUGCUCAAUUUUUAAAAGAAAUCUGACCACUAAUUGAGGCAAUAUUUUAUUAAAUGAUUAAUUGGGUUACAACAAAAUAUAUUUUGUUUAAACUAUACAAUUUUGAAUAAAAUUAUGCACUGCUUAUUUUUCAAUAAUAAUAAUAAUAGUAAUUUAUUCAAAUGAAUAAAACGGACAAUUGUCAAUAGUAGAGGUGAUUAAAUUGUAUUAUGCUAAACAUUAAACAAUGUACAAUAAUAAACUUAGAAUUAAUCAGAAUAAGAAUGUAAACUAAAAUAAAAUUUAAUAUAACAUAUAUUACAUAGUAUUAUUAAAAUAUUUUGUAUGAAUCAUUAAGUGAAAAAAAGAAGAAAUGGACAUCUGUAGAAAGUUUGAAAGUUCUGAAUAUAGAUAGAAAAUAGAAUAUUAAUAAUGUAAGUCAUCUUAUAUGAAAGUUGGAUGUUUAAUUAUUUUAUAUAUCUACAGUAUUUUGGUUGUUAUAUUGUUCCCUUGAUAAAUUUCUUUUUGUUAUUUAUCUUUAACUUUAUAAACCAUACAUUUUUUUUUUUUUUUUAAAUUAAUUAAAUUUAAUAUUAAAAUUAUUAAUUUUGCUCAUAUUUUAGUGGUCGAGGUCCACUAAAAACUACCAUGGAUGUUAUAAAUGCUGCAAAAAAAAUUUCAGAAGCUGGUACUAAGUUAGAUAAAUUAACUAGACAAAUUGCUGAUCAAUGUCCAGAAUCAUCAACUAAAAAAGAUUUGUUAGCAUAUUUACAAAGAAUUGCUUUAUAUUGUCAUCAAUUAAACAUAACUUCUAAAGUUAAAGCUGAUGUACAAAAUAUCAGUGGCGAGCUUAUUGUUUCUGGAGUAUGAUUUUUAUUUUCAUUUUUUUUUUAAUGCUUUGAUGUUUCAUUUAUAUUAUCUAUCUUUUAGCUGGACAGUGCCACAUCUCUAAUUCAAGCUGCUAAAAAUUUAAUGAAUGCUGUUGUUUUGACUGUUAAAUCUUCGUAUGUGGCUAGUACUAAGUAUCCUAGACAAGGAGUCGAACUUCAAAAAGUAAUUUUUGUCAUAGCAAAAACAGGCACAAUUUUUUGUAUGAAAUUGGUUAAAUUUUUAUCCUAGUUGGUUGUGUGGAAAAUGAAAGCUCCUGAAAAGAAACCACUUGUGAGGCCAGAAAAACCAGAAGAAGUUAGAGCCAAAGUACGAAAAGGCUCUCAAAAGAAAGUUCAAAAUCCAAUUAAAGCAUUGAGUGAAUUCCAAAGUCCCACUGAAUCUGUUUAAACUGUCGCUAUAUUUACUAUUUAGUUUAAUACAAUAUUUUUAAAUGUGUGUUUUAAUUAAAUUAAAUGCCAAAUAUAAAGGAAUUAACAUACAAGGCAAUAACCAAUGGUAAACAUUUAAAUUUGUUUACAUCAUAAUAUUAAAUAAAGAUUUAAAUGUUAUUUUGUUGCCAAAAUUUGAUAAAUUGAUUAAAUCAACUAUUAUAAAGUAAAUUUGCCAAAACAGUUAUAUAUUAAAAUUCAAAUAAUGGUAUAUACUAAAUAGUUGAAUAAAUUAAUAAAUAUUUAUUAUAAACUUGUGGUUUUUUUUAUUAAGAAAUAUUACUUUUUACAUUUAUACAAAUUAAGAGUAUAUAUUUUUAAAUUAUUAUUUAUACUAUCCUAGAAAUUAUUUUAGCAUUUAGUUUAUUUUUUAGAAAUUUAAUAUAAAUAUAUAUAUUUUUUUUUUUAUCAGUGUAUAAAUAUAACAAUACUUUUAAUAUCAUUUUUAUUUAAUUAAUAUCUUUAAUUAAAAUAAUUAAUUUUCUAUUUUUUUGACAAAUAAUAAUAGUCUCUUUUUGUUUAAGUUAAUACUAUUUCAUAUUAUUUGUUUUAUUUUUGAUUUUAAAUAUAUAAUAAUUAAACUAUACAAAUAUAUUGCAAUAAAUAAAAUUACUUAAAUAACAAUUGA